AUGAACAAGGUCCCGGUUCGAGUGGAUGGUAGAUUUAGGCUGGGAGAUGUUUUAGGAUCUGGCUCGUAUGCUGUCGUAUAUUCUGCACGGAAAAUCAUCAAUGAUGAUCAUGUUGCCCUCAAACUUGAAACUAUUGUCGACCACUCAUCUUCUGUGGAGCGAGACCAGUUGCUCUCACGUCUCGAGUACAUCCAUUCACGCAAUUAUAUUCACGGUGACAUCAAACCGCAGAAUGUCUUGGUGGGUCUUGGAAGUUUGAGGCACACCACCUUUAUCAUCGAUUUUGGUAUCACGAAGACAUACUGGAACGCUACAACGAGUGACCAUAUACCAUUUUGCCAUGGUCGAAGUCUCUCUGGCACUCCUGGAUUCGCCUCAAUCAACAAUCACUUAGGAGUUGAACCAGGUCGUCGUGACGAUCUUGAGUCACUUACCUAUAUGUUAAUAUAUUUCUUACGCGGUUCCCUUCCAUGGUUGACCAGUGACGAUGAGAAGUUGUCCAGCUCUACGAUACUCAAACGCAAAGCAUGCACUACCAUUGCAGAUAUAUGUCUUGACCCCCAUUGA